GUUAAAUUACGUUUGAUAACUUAAAUUUAAUAACUUUUUUUAAAACAAUUAAUUCAAACAGUUUAGAUUUACAGUAAAAAAAAAAUAAGAGAAAGAAAAUAAAGGAGAGAAACCGAAGUAACGGAGAGAAACCCAUCUCUUCGUACUUGGAAGUUUAGAGCUGCAUACCGCAAAGAACGAGCACACCCAGACCCAGUCCGCAUAUUCCAGUCUUCAGUCAUGUAUCAGCCCUCCCACAAGCUUCUGGCCGUCCAGAAUUCCAAAGCAUUGGUGAAAGUUGACUUGAAUGAAACCUCUAUAGAUGUAAACAAUGAUGUGCAAAAUGGAGGUUUUUCACAGGCAGAGUCCAUCAUCCAGCAUUCUCAGAAACUUCAAGGUGAUCUGCAAAUGUUGGGGAUGAAAAUCAAGAAGCAUGAGGACAGCCUAAAUUUUCUGAGGGAAGAAAAAAACAAAGUAGAUGAUUCCAUUCUUGAUUUGCAAGUUAUUAUUGGGAAUCUAUGUCCUGUAAGCACACCCAAGAUUGGUGAUGGGGACAGAUGCUCCCCGGGAAAUGAGAAUGAGAUUAUUGAACAAAUACUGCAGCACAAAGAAUCUGCUGCUGGUAUGUUCUGCCAGCUCAAGAGUUAUCAAGGAACUCAGGCUUCUCAUCUUAUGCCAAUGAAGGAUGUUGUGGGUGUUGUUGCUACACUGGGCAAAGUUGAUGAUGAUAAUCUUAGCAGGCUUCUAUCUGAGUAUCUAGGAGUUGAAACUAUGCUGGCUAUUGUUUGUAAGACUUAUGAAUGUGUCAGGGCUCUUGAAAUGUAUGAUGAUGAAGGCAACAUAAGCAAGAGUUUUGGUGUUCAUGGGCUAGGUGCCUCUCUUGGAAGGUCCUUGGCUGGUCGAUUUUUAGUUAUAUGUCUUGAAUCUCUGAGGCCUUAUGCUGGUAAAUUUGUGCUUGAUGAUCCACAGAGGAAGUUGGACAUUUUAAGCCCAAGAUUACCCAAUGGGGAGUGUCCAGAGGGAUUUCUUGGCUUUGCUGUGAACAUGAUUAACAUAGAUGGCUCGAAUUUAUUUUGUGUUACUCCCAGUGGAUAUGGCCUCAGAGAGACUUUGUUUUAUAAUCUCUUUUCCCGUCUCCAAAUAUACAAGACAAGAGCAGAAAUGAUGCAAGCACUUCCUUGCAUAAGUGACGGAGCUCUUUCUUUAGAUGGAGGAAUCAUUAGAAGUAGCGGCGUAUUCUUCUUGGGCAAUGGGGAAAAUGUGGAUGUGAGAUUCCCCAGACCAGGAAAAUUUGUACCUGAUAGCUACAAUGAAACUGAGAGCCAACUGAAUAAUAGGAAAAGGAGGAAGGAAAUGAUUCUUGAGGAUAUAAGAAGGGAACAAACUUUGUUGGACAUUGCAAAGAUCAAUUUCAAUAAAAAGAAGAAUGAAUUUCUCAAGUUUUUGGCAGAAAGUUCAUCAUAUGCAACUCAGGUUCAGAGUGCUCCUGACAGAUUGAUGCCUAAAUGAUGAAAUUAGGCCUGCCAUCAGGCAACGAAGAAGGGGAGCCUGUAGCAGCUUCGUUUAGUUAUUGAGCUUAUAGGUCGGUCCCAUGCUGUCAUCUAGCUCUGGAAGAAAGACAGUCUUAAAUUUUAAAUUGGGAAGAUAAAUGUUUGAUGGUAAAGGUUGCAUCCUUUGUGUCAGUCAGGCCUUAGAUAAAUUAAAGGGUUCUGCUUGAAGAAACAGAACUAGGUUAACUCAUUGGCCUCUGGUUCAGCUGUGGGAAAGCAGCAGUACCUACCGGCUAGUAGAAACAUUUCUUUAUCUUUAUGUUUAUAGCAUUUAGCCUUCCCUCCUCUUCUGAACUGAGGAGGCUGUGAAUAUUGUAAAUCUCUUUAAUCAAGCUUUUUUCUGUGUGCUUGUUAUGAAAUAA